AUGCCUGCCACUACGGCGGACACGCUAUCCCUCGUCAACCGCUCCGUUACGGUUGCCCCGUUAGUCCUACUCUCUGUCGCAGAUCACUAUGGGCGGACAGCAAAGGGUACCCGGAAACGUGUUGUAGGUGUGCUGCUGGGUGAGAACUCGGGCGACAAUGUCCGGGUAUCAAACAGUUUUGCCGUGCCUUUCGAGGAAGAUGAGAAGGACCCAUCCGUAUGGUUUUUGGACCACAACUUCGUUGAAUCGAUGAGAGACAUGUUCAAGAAGAUCAACGCCCGUGAGAAGCUAGUCGGCUGGUACCACUCGGGUCCCAAGCUGCGCGCUUCGGAUUUGGAGAUCAAUGAACUGUUCAAGAAAUACACGCCCAACCCUCUGCUGGUCAUUGUUGAUGUGCAACCGAAGGAGGUCGGCGUGCCUACGGAUGCUUACUUUGCUGUGGAUGAGAUCAAGGAUGAUGGCACAACAACCUCCCGGACAUUCGUGCACACCCCAUCGAUAAUCGAAGCGGAGGAAGCAGAGGAGAUUGGUGUAGAGCACCUCCUCCGAGACAUCAGGGACGUUGCAGUGGGCACACUUUCCACUCGUAUCACGUCGCAGCUGCAGUCGCUGCAAGGAUUGCACCUGCGGUUACGCGAUAUUGGCCAGUACCUCCAGAAAGUCCUCGACAAGGAACUCCCCGUCAACCACGCUAUCCUGGGCAACCUCCAGGACGUCUUCAACCUCCUUCCCAACCUGUCCACUCCCCCCGCCACGCAGAAGAUUAGCGGCCAAGAACCACAGAUUGAGAACAGCGAGCUUGCCCGCGCCAUGAGUGUCAAGACCAACGACCAAUUGAUGGCCAUCUACAUCAGCAGCUUGAUCCGUGCCAUUACCGCUUUCCACGACUUAAUCGAGAACAAGAUCCAGAACCGACAGCAGCAGGAGGAGAGUGACUCGAAGCGGGAGCAGGAGAAUGCGGGCAAGGGAGACAAAGAUGCUAAGAAGGCCGGCUCGGCAAAUGGCGAGCUGAAGGAGGAGCAGGAUAGCUCCGACAAGAGCAAGAAGAACUAA